GAUACAUUUUUAGUUCAUUUUAUUUAUUUAAGAAGUGAACAACAGAUAAGACUGAAAAAAGCUGAAAUUUUCCGUAAUCAGUUGGAAAGUUAUUGCAAAAUUUCCAUAGUAUGUGCAAAAAUUUAUAGUUUGAAGACAUAAAAAUUAGAAAAACCCACAAAAAAAUACCCAUAAACUCACAAUCAGCAAUAGAAAAUAGGUAGCGUUAAGCUCAGAUACAAUUUUAAGUGCAACUUUCAGACUAACGCGUAAAUUCCACAAUGGCUGAGACCGAAUAUACCGAGGGGGAGGAGUACGAAGAUGACGAGAUCAUAGCAAUGGACGAGGGCGCCCACAUUGAGGAGGGCGGGAUCGAAGACGAUCUAUUUUCUCGACUGGGCGAAUCUUCUGAUGACCCCGAACAGAAGCGCAUGUACAUGGAGUACUUGGCCCUGAUCAAGGAGAUCGAUUGCCAGAACAAAAUCAUCGAGGACAUCAAGUCCAACGUGAUGGAUAUGUGCGGUAAGCCCUGUAAAACACGCAACGAGAUGCGCGAGAUUCGUCGUCUGCGCGUUUGCAUGGAACAGGAGAACAUCAAGUUGCACACCAUGAUGAAUCGAGCGGUUCAGCUGCAGAAUUUUGGAUCACAUCGUCACUAUCGCGAACUGCCGCUGACCACCACAGUGGAUGAGGACAACUUGUCGCCCUAUCUCUGUGGCAUUGGUGCCUGUGGGGUGGGAGGACCGGCUGGCAGUGCUGCCACCGAAUGCAGCCAGGAGGAGCAGUCUAGUGGUUGCGGUCAAGAGGAUCGCAUGCUGCAAGCGCUCCAGAAGGCCAUGUGCAAGAUGAAGGGCGCCUGUCCGGAGGACAAGAAACUAAUGGAGGAGAUCGCCUGUGCCAUUGCCUCCAGCAAAAAGAACAAAAAUCAAUGUAGUCCGGGCCCAUGUCCUCCACCACCCUGCCCAGAGAGCAGCAGCAGCGCUCCCUGUCCACCCAAGCGACCCUCAAGGCGUCCUUGCCCACAAAAGCAUCGCAGCCCAUGCGAUUCGUCACCUUCACCACCAUGUCCUCCGCCAUGUCCCAAAUCAGACUCGCUGGAUAAGUUGAAGCGUCGCAUUGUGGGCAUGCAGUGUUCGGUGAAGAAACUUCUGCAGGAGGUGAAUCGACGAGAGACGCAGGAUCCCUGCGAUGAGCCCACCGAGGAUGAGGAUCCGUGCGCUCGUCCCUGCCCACGGUCACCAUGUCCCGAGGAGCCCGAUCCAUUGGUGGUGUGCGGCGGCAAGCGCAACACCAAGUCCGAAAAAUAUGAGAAGCUUAAGGAGAACUAUACACGUCUGCUAACCGAAUUCCAGCGCAAGGAUUGCCAAAUGAAGGAAAUGGAAAAACGCAUGAAGGGAAUUUGCGGCAGCUGUGGUCCCACUAAGGGCAAUGGGGACGCCGACGCGGCCGAGCUGAAUCUUCUGCGGGCUCGAGUCAACGAGCUCAAGGAGGAGCAGGCGGAGUUCAAGUGCAUCAUGAAGGAACAGUCCCAACAGCUCGAGGACUAUCGCAACAAGUAUCUGUUGGCGCAGCAGAAGGUGGAGGAGCAGUGUGUCUCGCUGGAUAAACUGAACAUGAACAACAAACGCAUAGAGCAGCAAAUUAACUCUGAAGUCAAGGAGAUUCGUGCCAAGUUUCAGGAGAAACUCAAUGAAUUGCUGCAUUUCCCGAAGCUGCUGGAGAACGAACAGCUGAAGCUGGCACAGGUGUGCAAGGAGAAGGAUGAUCUACAAUCCAAGCUGGUGGUGGUCUGCAAGGAGCUGAAGUCGGUGAAGGCACAGUUGGAGGCGCCCGCCACAGUCGAUGUACGUCCACAGCUAGCCCAAUGCCAGCUGGAGUUGACCCAGGCACGUAACGAACUGGAGGAGCUGCUGCGACAACGCGAUCUUUUCUGCGAACAGCUCAAGUCCACCCAAGACGAUCUCGACACACUGCGCACUGAGUCGGCAAAGAUUAUAGCCGGCACCAAGGAGCGCGCCGAACUCAUCAAAUCGCAGCAACAGGAACAGAUCAAUCGCCUGGAGAAGGAGCUGGCACAGUGCCGUGCCACCGCCUCACUGUCGGUCAACGAUCGCGAGGCAGUCAUACGUGAAAUGCAGGGCCAACUCAAUACCCUCUCGUACAGCUUCGAUGCGGCCCAGAAGCAAAUCAAAACCCUGCGCAAUCACAUUGCCUAUGUAUCCAAUGAGAAUUGUUUCCCGGUGAAGUGUUAGGAGCCCUGAAACGGGUUCCCAGAGCGGCAGAAUAACUAAGAUCUGAUCUGGUUUGUCAAACCCAAAACAACUGCUGAGUGCUCCAGACGCGUGUGCCCGCCGCCGAAGGCCAAUUGAAUAUUGUCCGUUCGGUUGGUUCUAUUUAAGAUUAUAAUUUAUAUAUUGUUGGUAGUUAAAUACAUAUAACAUUAUGGCUCACAAAAA